AUGCACAUUUCUCAAUUCUUGGCCGUUGCCGCCCUGCUGCGGCUGGCCGCGACAUCCCGCAUUCAGCAACCCCUCGGCGCCGAUGCUUCCCCGCAGACGCCUCAUGGCCCGGUUGUCGCAGCCACCUCCGCCUCCACCACCUCCUCUGCACCUUCUUGGCGCAACGAUCUUAUUUCGCUGCACCGCUCUCUCAUUGAGAUUCCCUCCAUUUCGGGCAAUGAGAGUGAGGCCGGCAAGUUCCUCGUUGAUUAUUUGACCGGCCGAGGUUACGUCUCUCAUCUGCAGUUUCUGCCUCCGCGUGAUAACAACACCAACGAAACUCCACGAUUCAAUGUCCUGGCUUGGAAGACGAACCAACGUCAACCUAAGCCUCGCAUUGUCGUCACCUCUCAUUAUGAUGUCGUGCCGCCUCAUAUUCCUUACAGUAUCUCAGACGAGAAAAUCACCCCCGACACCCGUAUUAGCGGCCGAGGCAGUGUGGACGCCAAAGCCAGCGUAGCUGCUCAGAUCAUCGCGCUUGAAGACCUGCUCGCUCAGGACAAGGUAAAUGAGGAGGAUGUGCUACUUGUGUUCGUUGUAGGAGAGGAGGACCGCGGUGAUGGCAUGCGCUUCUUCUCCGACUCGCUGCAUGAAGUCGACCCGCCCGUGCAGUUCGAGUCGGUUAUUUUCGGAGAACCUACGGAGAACAAACUUGCUUGUGGCCACAAGGGCGGUCUCUAUUGCGACAUCAAGGCUAGGGGUGUUGCUGGCCACUCUGGCUAUCCUUGGCUGGGCAAGUCAGCCAACGAAAUCAUGAUCAAGGCACUGGCCAAAAUCAUUUCCACAGACCUCGGAAGCAAUGAGAAGUGGGGAAACACCACUGUGAACGUCGGCCAGAUUACUGGUGGCGUUGCUCAGAAUGUUAUUCCUGAGUCAUCUGUCGCUCGUAUUGCUGUUCGUGUCGCUAUCGGCCCUGAAGCAGACGGUGGCAACAUUGUCAAGGCCAGAAUCCAGAAGAUUCUUGAUGAGACGGACGCCGAGGAUCUAGAGCUGACUUGCACUCAUGGGUACGGUGUUGUCGAGGCCAACUGUGAUGUUGAUGGCUUCGAAACACUGGUUGCUAACUACGGCACUGAUAUUCCCAACUUGAAGGGUUCGUACACGCGCUACCUCUACGGACCUGGUACAAUUUUGGUUGCUCAUGGCCGUAACGAGAAUCUUACGGUCGCAGACCUCGAGGAGGCUGUGACGGGCUUCCAGAAGUUGAUUCUGCAUGCUCUCAAGUAG